ACUCUGACUCUCUCUCUCUCACACAUACACUAACUAGACUACAACCUGCUUAUAGACGACGCCCCACCGCCCAGGAGAUUUCCACUUAGGGCAGAGCCAAGUCCGUCGUGCGUCUAUUUCGCUCCAGAGGACACCAUUUGGGUUUUUAUUAUUGUCGGGCUGCGCGCUCAUGCUGCCCACGGCAUCACCUCGGCAAUAACAGGAGGGGUGCCAGCCAGAAGAAGAAGAGGAGGCGGAGGAGGAAGAGGAGGAGGAGAGGAAGGGGUGGUAGAGAAUUCCGAAUUGACGCUCAGAAAUAAACAAGAAGACACCCUGUUUGGAAGACGUCCGUGGCGGGAAGCGAAAGGGAUCUGCAUCUGAGAUGGCUGAGGUGUCACAAGAGGAGAAACUCCAGGCCAUCGCUGAGAAAAGGAAGAGGCAGACAGAGAUCGAAAACAAGAGGAGGCAGCUGGAUGAUGACCGACGGCAACUCCAGCAUCUCAAGUCGAAGGCACUCAGGGAGCGCUGGUUGUUAGAUGGAGCUCCGGCGGAGGAGGAGACUCAGAAGCGUCUGUAUGAGGAUGAGGUGAAGACCAAACUCCUGGAGCAGGUCAUCCUCAGGUUGGAGCAAGAGAUUGAAGAACUGGAGACAGACGUUCCAGCCAAUAAGGGUGUGGCCAAAGAAAAUGGAGGUGAGAACGGAGUAGUGCAGAGCUCUGGUCAGACCCCCAAGAGAGAGGUGACUGGGAUUGAGGCCAAGCUGCUGGGUCCCAGUCCCGACCAAGCUAGCGCAGAAAACCCCGUCACCCUGGUGUUCAUGGGCUACAAAACCGUUGAGGAGGAGCAGGAGAACCGCACCGUCUUGGGAAUGGAAGGAGGGGACGGCAACGUCAAGGCUGAGUUUGUGGUGAUCGAGGAUGGGGACGGGAAAGCGGGAGGAGAGGCAGCCUCAGAAGAUCAGGCUCCACCCAACGGGAGCAUGGCCGAUAAAGAGAAGGCCAACGGAGGCGGAGAGGAAGGAGAGAAGGGAAAGGAGAAGAAACAGACCUGCAAGUGCUGCACGGUCAUGUGAGCUGAUUGCGUGUGUGUGUGUGUGUGUGUGUGUGUGUGUGUGUGUGUGUGUGCGUGUGUGUGUGUGUGUGUGUGUGUGUGUGUGUGUGUGUGCGUAUGUGUUUGUGGGAGAGUCUGUAUUUGCAGAUGUGUGUAACUUUGUGUCUGUGUGGGAGUGUGUGUGUGUGUGUGUGUGUGUGUGUGUGUGUGUGUGUGUGUGUGUGUGUAUGUGUGUUGGGACUGGAAAAAAAAACAAAAAGCCGAAGUACACAGCCAAUAUACCAACAAUGAGAGCCAAUACAAGCUCCAGCUACAACAACAAGAACCACAAAGACUCAUAAGUACACUUUACUCUGUAUACUUUCUCCGACACGUAUUUGACUUUUGAUUUCUAUUGAUAUUUUUCUAUUUUUCUGUCUUGACAUUUAUAUUGUAUUCAGUAUGUAUAUCUUUAUUAUGGGACUGUGUACUGUAAGUUCAUUGUUAUUAUUGUUGGAAAAAAAGAAAAGGUAUUCGCUCUCUGGAUUGUACUGCUACCCACUGGGGGAACCUGGAAACUUUCAAUCAUCUAAGUCAAAACAGCAAACUAUGAAGGACACAGAUACUUAAAUAUAUAUAUACAUAUAUAUAUUUCUCUGUGUAGGCCUACCAACUAUUUAUCAGUCAAUUUCAUAUUGCAAUAUUGUCUAAGAUAUUAUUUUAAAUAGUAUUUUAAUAUAUUGAUAUGAAAUUAUGUUUUAUACAAUGUAUUUAUUGUUUUUGGUUCUCUUUAUCAUCUCAGACCAUUAACUGCAUGUAAGCUUGUAAGCACUAGCAGAUUUGUGCUGCAACAUAACAUAACAAAUGUCUUUAUAGACUCAUAUGUGCUCAUAUCUUUAGUCACACAAGUCUGUCCAUCAGUAACAGUUGAUAUAAUUGGCCGUGUUAGAGAUGUGCAUUAAGUUCAAAAAGAAAUCUGCAGCACAGAGACCAUAUCGCAAACUGCAUUAGCUUCUCACAGAUACUAUAUGUGACACAUGUACAUGAAGAUCACAGCUUUUUGUAUUUUUUAAAUGAGAUGGCUGCACUUACUUUAUGAUCAAUAGUCAUGCCGAACCAUUGCGCUUCACAAUUAGAAAUGCUUAAACAAUUUUCUUCUCUCAACAGUAGAAUCAAUGUAAAUCUUAUGAGGUAGCACUGCAUGAAGCCUUGCAACUGUGUUGACUGUCUUGUCACUUGUUAGGUCUUAAUUAUACGCUAUCACGUUCACAUGACUGUAAAUCCAGGGGUUAAAUUGGGAUUCUACCAUAAUGAGAAGAGGCGGGCUUGCUCAGCUCAACGUAAAAAAAAAGAAGAAGAAGCUUUUUUUUUUGUCUCUUUAUGAACCAAAUAAAAAUCUGAUGAUACUGUAAUUUCAUUGUGUGUUGGUCGGCUGCUGGUUUCUGUCCUGCUCGCUCCCAGUUUAACCCCUGUCUGUACACCUGGGCCCAAUAGAACAGAUUUGGGGGGAUUGAAUGGACUUUUCUCUAAGAACACAAUAUAAAAAAUGCAGUUUUGUCGUGGUACCCGAGCCAUUUAGUAAUUAUGGUAUAAGAAAUGGGCCGUAUUCAAUAAGAUAAAACAAGUCUAACCAUUUUAAACAGUGGUUUAAAAAUCGUGCAUGUACCCUAUAGCAAUUAAAAGCCUAUCGAAAUACAUUCUGGCCCUAGUUUACUCAUUUGUUUGGCAGACAGUAGAGGCCAUUGACGUUCUGGGUCUGUGAUGCUACGCCACCAAUGCUUCUGCUUCCCCUCAGGCUCAUGCAUGUCUCUGAUUCACCCACACACCAUUGCCACUAUCGCCAUCUUCCAUCCUCAUCGUCAAACACACCCCACCGUCACGAAGACACGCAAUUCAAAAGAAAACCUCUGAAGUUGGUGCUAACCCUGAGUCUCGUCUAACACUCUCCAUCCCACCAACUGCUUUUCAACUCUCUCUCCUUCUGUCUUACUCAAAGGGGGGGAUUGUGGGAAUCUACUGCCUCCUGCAUACACUUGUUAAAUAAGAGUCUUUCGCAACCUUCAGUGCCAGAUGCAUUCUCUCAUGUCCUGCCUGCAUUUAUCACCCGGGAAAUGAUCCCUUCUAACAUUCCAAAGGGAGGUCAACGGGCGCGGACGAUGAAGUAUAGUCUAUGCUUUCCAUAUGUACAGUUCCACUGUAAUUGUACAACUUGCCACUUUCUUUCUGAUAUUGACUCAUGUUUUUUCUUUCCUAUGGCCUCUUUGCAAGGCAGUAUAUUGUAUUUGAUGUGUGUAUUUUUUUAAAAAGAUGACUAGAUCUGUGUAUUGUUGGUGCCUUUGUCAGGUUCAGUUGGUUGGACUUGUCUGUCUGCCGCCAUUUUUAAACCGGGGGUUUUCUUGCUCUGCUCCUGGUCAUAAUGACCCAAUGGAAACACUGCCUUCUACUCUAGAGAGGUUACUACAGAACUAUAACUAUAACAUAAUAACUAUAAAUAAAUGCAGCUCAAACGUAAUAUGCAGACUAAUGUUGGUGUCUUGAAAAAACUUUGUAUCCUGUAAUAACUUUUUUGAAAUUGUAGAUUUUCCUCUUAACACACACAUACAAGAAAUGUUUGACAAGCCAAACUACCACAAAAACAUUUUAUGGGGAUACAAACUUUAUGCAGGAGACUAACUGAGAGUCUAUGUAUGUAUGUAUGUGCAGUGCGUGUGCGUUUCUAUAUGCAUACAUACACCUGUAUACAUAGAUGUACAUUUGUUGAGUUAAAGCUUUGCUUAUUUGUGGGUCUCUGGGACAGCAGCAGAAAAGGCAACCUUGUGUUAGACCAAUGCCUGUUCAUCUAUUCUGUGGUCGUCUAAAUGUUUAAUCUUGAAUAAAACUACUGUUUGUUUACAGCAAGUCA